AUGGAAACGAUAUUGGAACAACAACGACGAUAUCAUGAAGAGAGGGAACGAUUGAUGGAUGCAAUGGUGAAAGAGAUGUUACACAGAAAAGCGGGUCAUCGCGAAAAUAUCAAUUCGGAACAUCGUCUAAAAAUGUUAUUGGAUCAAUAUAUGGAUAGCACAAUGCAUUUACAGGAUUUAUAUGAGGAUAAAGAUGGACAGAGGAAAGAGGAAGUUCAAGCACUCUCUGGUCCAAAUGAAUUCUCAGAAUUUUAUUCGCGUUUGAAGUCGAUAAAAGAAUUUUAUCGGCGACAUCCUAAUGAAAUCAGUGUUCCCAUGUCUGUUGAAUUUGAGGAAUUAGCUAAGAUGAGAGAAAACCCAACAGAAGAAUUGUCCAAUCUUGUUGAAUUUACAGAUGAGGAAGGUUAUGGAAAAUAUCUCGAUCUUCAUGAAUGUUACCAAAAAUACAUUAAUCUUAAAGGAAUAGAAAAAGUAGAUUAUAUAACUUACCUGUCAACUUUUGAUCACUUAUUUGAUAUUCCUAGAGAGAGAAAGAAUGCAGAGUAUCAAAGAUAUGUUGAGUCCCUAUUAGGAUAUUUGACAGAUUAUCUGAGUAGAGUAAGACCUCUACUAGAUAUUAGUACAGAGAUUACAGAAGCCAAUAAGGAUUUUCAGACUCAUUGGGAGAAAAGCACAUUUCCUGGUUGGCCCAAGGAAGCUGGAAGUGCUUUGACUCAUGUAGGAGCACACUUGGAAUUAUCUGCAUUCUCAUCAUGGGAAGAAUUAGCAUCUCUUGGUUUGGAUAGAUUAAAAUCAGCUUUGAUGGCUUUAGGACUUAAAUGCGGAGGUACGCUCGAGGAACGGGCGCAAAGACUUUUCAGUACAAAGGGCGAACCCUCUUUAGACCCCAAUUUAUUAGCUAAGAAUCGAAAAGGAAAGUCAGCUAAGACCAGAGAUUCCGAGAAGCAAAAAGAAAUUGCACGAUUAGAGGCUCACGUGUAUAAGCUCGCCGAACUAGUAUCCAGUCAACGAGUAGCCACGAAAGAAAAUGUACAAAGAAAACAAGCAAGAACCGAGGGCGAAAGAGGCGAUUCUGACGCAGAGGCAAGUGCGAGCGAAUCGGAAGAAGAGGAUGACAAUGAGGUUCCAUAUAAUCCAAAAAAUUUACCCUUGGGCUGGGAUGGGAAACCCAUACCUUAUUGGUUAUACAAAUUGCAUGGUCUAAAUAUUAGUUACAAUUGCGAAAUCUGUGGUAAUUUUACAUAUAAAGGUCCAAAGGCAUUCCAGAGACACUUCGCGGAAUGGAGACACGCUCACGGCAUGCGCUGUCUCGGCAUCCCAAACACGGCACACUUCGCCAAUGUCACUCAGAUUGAAGAUGCCCUUGCUUUGUGGGAAAAGCUCAAAGCACAGAAACAAGCAGAACGUUGGCAACCAGAACAGGAAGAAGAAUUUGAAGACUCGCUUGGCAAUGUAGUCAAUCGCAAAACAUAUGAGGAUCUUAAGAGACAAGGCUUGCUAUAAUAAAGUAUACAUCAAAGUUGGAUUUUAUUAUAAUGUUCCAAGAUCGUCAUUUGUAUUGCUAGUUUUUAUAAUUCUUUUUUUCAUUAAAGUAUUUUCGCCAAGAAAACUUUUUCAUCCAUUUGUCUUGAAAUCUGUUAAAUUGUAUUAGUAUCUUGAAACUAUUUACACACAUAUAUACAUGUAUCUCUCGCUUUUUAAUACGCUUCAUGCUUUGUGAUCUUUUGUUUAAUCUUGAUAUAAUUGUUCUUGAUUUGUGACCGUUUUUGAAAUUUUAAUUAACAAAGUUUGUCAACUUUGUUAGAACAAUAUGUAACAUUAAAGCUUCUAAUUCCUCACUGAUAUUAAAUUAUAUCGUCAGAAGCGAGAAAAAUUAUAUGCAUCUUUUUUCUUGCAAAAUGUAUUGAAAUAAAUUAGUUUUUCGUCACCAUUCUGCACGUUUAAUAAUACACAUUAAUAAAAUAUAUCUAUUCUCUUUUCUGUUCAUGAAUUAAGAAAUAUCUAAUAAAUUUAAAUAUAGGACACUUGUAAAAAAAAUGGUUUUGCUAUAUUUGAUCAAACUAUAUUAUCGAAUAUGAGUCACGAAAAAUGUAACUACUUUCGACAUAUUUCAUACAGGAAAAAGAUUCAUAUAAUUUCGCUUCAAUUUAAUAUGGCUGAGGUAAGGAAAUAGAAGCGUUUAAAAGAAGCUUAAAAAGAAACGUUUAAAAGAUAUCUAAUGCAUUAAUAUUCAAUAGAAGUAUAUUAUUAAUGUACCGCAAAACACGACAUCUAUUUAACCAAUAUUUUAGAAGUGAACAUAAAUUGUCAGAAAACAUUUGAUAAAAAAUUAUGCAACAAUUUCAAAGUUGCUUUUACUGUUAAACGCAUCUAUAAUAAAGUAAAUAUUAAGGCUUUUUUCUUCUUUCUUUUAUACCGGUUAUUAAUAAUCAAUGGAAUAUAUAACAACCAUCAUGUUCUUAUCUGUUUUCUUUUUCUUAUUCAUAUUUUAUCUUUAUAAUGAUAAAGACAAGAUGUGUAUAUAUGUGUAGACAUAUAAUAUUUAAUAAAUCUUAUAUUUGUUCAAUAUUCUCUCUGCACUAGAUAGUAUCGCGAUGAAUAUUAUAUUUGGAAGGAACAUUUAAUAUAUAUGAAAGCGCAUUAAUUGUGAUCGCACAUCCAUUUAAUACCCCAAAAACAUUUGUGUCUCAUGAUCGCGGCACAUAAUACUGAUAUAAUCUAUUGUACCUCCGUUACAAUUAGUCAGAUAGAAAGUAUAAAAGUAAUUGUUUCAGAUUUAUUGUUUACGCUGGACAAUUAAGGCUUUUUUAAGAAACACGCAUCAUAGAAUUAAAUACUCUUUUAUGCAUGUUUUCUUAAUAAAUGUCUAAGUAAAUUGUUUUAUUCUGGCACAUAUCUAUCAAGCUCUUAUAUGGCGCGAUUAGACUAAAUGAAAUUUUAGAUAAUUAGUUUUCUUCGAAUAUUUAAUUAUAGAGGACAAUGUGCUAAAUUGCGCACGUAUAUAUCAUCGUUUUAUAUUUCACAAGUAGAGCUUUUCACAAAUUGCAUCUCUUAUCAUUGAUCUUUAUAUACUACUCGGAUGUCGUUAGCCGGAUGUCCAGUAUGCUAGUUGCAUACUGGAAAUGCAAAACAUUGUAAAAUUUUUGGUUUACAAUUACUAAAAUUUCAUCAAUACACGUUCCAUUGAUUAAAAAUUUCUUAUCGAUAUGUAUCUAACAUUAAUAAGUACAUAACACAAGACAUAUUCUUCCAGUUUAUAUGUUUGUGCUCUUUCAAUGCACGAACUUUUCUAUAGAAUUGUAUAUUGCACUAUUAAAUAAUCGAUUAUUAAAAUU